AAAUCGAAUGACCGCAAAGCUGCGAAGCGCGUGAACAGGCGUGAGCGCGACGAUGACGAGGAGGAUGACGGCUUAGGCAAUCGAGAUGAGCAUCGGGCGCGCAAAGCUGCACGCAAGAAGCAGAAGGAGCAGGAGAAGGAGCAAGAGAAGCAAGCCGCAAAGAAGAAAAAAGAGGCCAAGAAGCUCAAAGAAGGAACUCCGAUCGUUUUGCCUGAAUACAUCAGCAUCCAGAAUCUAUCGCAAAUGCUUGGUGUCAGGUACGAGCAAUUUGUCCAACGUUUGGAGCAUUUGGGAUAUGAUGACAUAUUCCCCGGCAAGACGCUGAACGCGGAAACCAGCGGCAUGAUCGCUAUGGAAUACAACUUCGAUCCAACCUUUGAUGGUACGUAUCGAGAGGAGGAGGAACGCGAUCUCAAAGCCAAACCAGAGAUUGCCGACAAGACAUCGUUACCAAGUCGGCCACCCGUCGUGACCAUCAUGGGCCACGUCGAUCAUGGCAAGACCACGAUCUUGGACUAUCUCCGCAAGAGUUCGGUAGCUGCAGGCGAAGCUGGAGGUAUCACCCAGCACAUCGGUGCUUUCAGUGUUCCUCUCUCGAGCAGCGGCAAAACGAUCACCUUCCUGGACACUCCUGGACACGCCGCAUUCCUGGCCAUGCGCCAACGCGGUGCUAACGUCACGGACAUUGUGAUUCUAGUAGUUGCUGCCGAUGACAGUGUCAAGCCACAGACACUGGAAGCCAUCAAGCAUGCCAGGGACGCUCGUGUACCGAUGAUUGUCGCACUCAACAAAGUCGACAAGCCUGAAGCAGACAUCGAGCGCUGUAAGCAGGAUCUCGCACGGCACGGAGUCGAUAUCGAAGACUACGGUGGCGAGACGCAAGUCGUGUGUGUGUCCGGUAAAACUGGUCGAGGUAUGGACGAGCUGGAAGAGAACGUGGUUACUUUGUCCGAGAUUCUGGACCACCGUGCUGAGACAGACGUGGAUGUGGAGGGCUGGGUACUUGAAGCUACCACGAAGCUGUCCGGUCGCGUGGCGACUGUCCUUGUCCGCCAGGGGACGCUCCGGCCGGGGAACAUCAUUGUUGCUGGAAAGACCUGGGCUCGCGUACGCUCGUUGAGGAACGAAGCUGGUGUUGCAGUGCAAGAGGUCGGUCCUGGCAUGCCUGUCGAGGUAGAUGGCUGGCGUGAUCAGCCCGUUGCAGGUGACGAAGUGUUGCAAGCACCCAGCGAGCAGAAGGCAAAUUCAGUCGUGGACUUCCGUGUGGAGAAAGCGGAUCGCGAGAAGACCGCCCAAGAUAUGGAAGCCAUCAACGAGGCCCGCCGACUCGAGCAAGAGAAGCGAGAGAAGGAGAAGGCCGCUGAGACUGCUGCUAAACGACUUGAGACUCCAUUCAUCAUCAAAGCGGACGUGUCUGGUUCUGCGGAAGCAGUCGCAGCCUACAUCAUGUCCGUCUCCAGCCCGCUCAUCGCGCCGACCAUUCUCUCUUCUGGCGUCGGCGCCGUGCACGAGUCGGACAUCGAGCUUGCCUACGCAGCCGAAGGACAUAUCAUUGCCUUCAACCUGCCUGCCGACCAAGACAUCAUUGGGGCAGCGAAAGCCAAAGGCGUCAAAAUCUUGGAGAACAAUAUCAUCUACCGCGUGCUGGACGAUGUCAAGGCGGUUCUGGAAGAGAAGCUGCCUCCAAUAGUCACUCAAAGAGUGCUCGGCGAAGCUGACAUCAGCGCUGCGUUUGAUAUCACCGUUGCUGGUAGGAAGAAGGUCAAGAUUGCCGGAUGCAAGAUCAGAAACGGCGUUGUGAGCAAAGGUAGCAAGGUGCGAAUCAUGAGGGCCGGCGAAAAGGUGUACGAUGGUGUGAUCGAUUCAUUGAAGAGCGUCAAGAAAGAUGUCUCCGAAAUGCGCAAGGGUACGGAAUGCGGCAUAGGCUUCGACGGAUGGGAGACUUUCGAGGUCGGCGACUCGAUUCAAUGUUACGAAGAGAUUAGCGAGAAGAGACGGCUGUGAAGGUCGCAGCGGCCAAGUCGCCGAUGUACAAAGAAACUAAGCACAUACAGCAUACAUACGCGAC